AUUCGCAAUAACAACCAUUCCCACUCCUUAUACCCACCAUCAAUACCAAACAGAUAGCGUUCUAGUAUUUGACGAAUAUCAGCUUCAGCUCUGUAGAUUCGGACAACAGGAAUUGGUCGAGACCAGCUCAGCAAAGUCGAUGACGACAACCAGGUCGGCAGGGUUGAUGAUGUUGAGCCGUUCUACGGGAACGAUACGGUCUGGACAAUUUGCCUUGAUCCCGAGCAAUUCGCCAACAUACUCCUGCAAAAGAAUAAUACGGCAUACGAAGCCCAUCAGCUCAACAUCACGAGAUAACGUUUCGCUGUCAAUCGGCACGAGACGAACGAGACGGAUCGCACCGCAAGGAUGUUUGACAUGGAGAGGGCUGGCGACGGGACAACCGGGUCUAAGACGAAAAGAGGACGAACCCGUACAUGAGACGUCAGAGACAAAGCCUGUCAUAAAUGUGACAAACUCAACAGAGGCUGACCAACAGUCAAAAGAUGCGGGAGCCGAGGUAGAGAGCAAAUCGACCGCUUCGACAGAGACGACCAUAUCGACAGAUUCCGAGGCGCCUCCACCAGAUCCGAAUAUCCUCGUGCGGCCGACAAUACCUUCCUCCCAGGUCCCCUUUCUCGCUCCAUCACCACUCAAUCAAUCCGUACCCCCUUACCCACCCAUCGCCAAAUCUGUCAUUCGGGAAGCCAUCGCCGAUUUCCUCUCUGCCGAGGCAUCAGGCCACGUUCUACCCGUUCCUCAGGAAGUGUACGACAAAAAGUCCUGGUUCGGAUGGAGGGUCUUUUAUUGGCGUACCAAACAACUCUUCAAAUUCUACUGGGCCGGGUGCAAGUGCCUGAAAGCCAAUUACUCCCACAUGCGGACUCUGCAAAAGGGAGUCAGGCGGGAAGGGUGGGAAUUGACGAGGAGGGAAAAGAGAUUCGUCUCCCGUACCAAGGCCGAUCUAUGGAAGAUCUUUCCCUUUGUCUUCUUCCUGAUGACUCUGGAAGAAGUCCUCCCGCUCAUGGUCCUCUAUACACCCUGGUUGUUGCCGAGCACGACCAUCCUGCCUUCGCAGUUCUUGCGGAUAAAAUCGGCAGAGGAGAUCAAGAGGCGGGAGGCUUUGCUCGAAGUAGGCAAGGAGCUGAGAAAGACGCGAACCGAGGAGGAUGUUGGGUCACCAACGACUCGAUUGCGGGGCGGACUGCCGGUGCUCGCUGGGCUCAGCCCCGAGCUAGUAAAGGGAUUGUGCAAGGCGCUGGAUCUUGGGACCGUCGCCCCGAUGUUUUGGCUACAACGGCGCUUGACAAAACGAAUCUCUGACAUUGUAAUUGACGACAAUGACCUUCGAAGAUCCCUACCCGGAGAAGAGCUUGCGAUCGAAGAGAAACGCUUGAUACUGGGUGAACGUGGAUUGUUGGUACUACGAACACCUCUUGAAGACCUAGACCAAAAGCUAGAGCAAUGGCUGGAUUCCACUUCCAAUCUGACGGAAGACGAACACAAGGAAAAGACGCUCGAUUCGAUGUUGAGCACGGCUUUGGAGCUGCAAGAAAAGGUGGUAGAGGUGGAGACGGAUGAGACGCGCAAGGUGGAAGAAAAGUGAUGCAAUCCCCUUUGAAGCACAACACUGAAAACAGUUCAGUGGACCAACUAGAUGAAAUGGAACCCCUCUCCUUGUCAAGGACGACAAGUGUAUACCAUGUAUCUCGUACGACGCAUAAAGAAAGUCACGGCAUGACCAGCAUAUGACACACUUCCGACCUG